AUGGGUUGUGUUCAAUGCAAAUGUUGUAGCCGAUAUCCAUCGUCAUCAUCAGAUGGAGAUUCUCGUGGACCUGGAGAAGCCAAUGGCCUCAAGGGAAAAGAUGGUGUCGCUCAGAAACCUCUCGGAUCAAUCCAUGUUCCUUCUCGUAAUUUCGACUUUGUGUACUCUGUGUUAUCUCAACGAGGCUAUUAUCCAGAUUCGCCAGAUAAGGAGAAUCAAGACACUUACUGCAUCAAAACCGAGCUUCAAGGUAACCCAAAUGUUCAUUUCUUCGGUGUGUUUGAUGGCCAUGGCGUUAACGGUACGCAGUGUUCGAAUUUCGUUAAGGAGAGGGUUGUGGAAAUGUUGUGUGAAGACCCUACUUUGCUUGAGGAUCCAGAGAAAGCUUAUAAGUCUGCUUUUCUUAGGGUGAAUGAGGAGUUACACAAUAGCGAAAUCGAUGAUUCGAUGAGUGGUACUACUGCGAUUACGGUUCUUGUUGUUGGGGAUAAGAUUUAUGUUGCGAAUGUAGGGGAUUCGAGGGCGGUACUAGCUGUUAAAGACAGGAAUCGGAUUCUAGCAGAGGAUUUGUCUUACGAUCAAACGCCUUUUAGGAAAGACGAAUGCGAGAGGGUGAAAGCUUGUGGAGCUAGAGUGCUUAGUGUUGAUCAAGUGGAAGGAUUGAAAGAUCCGAAUAUACAGACAUGGGCUAGCGAAGAGAGUGAAGGAGGUGAUCCUCCGAGGCUUUGGGUACAGAACGGGAUGUACCCGGGAACCGCAUUCACGAGAAGUGUUGGAGAUUCGACAGCUGAGAGCAUUGGAGUUAGUGCAGAACCAGAAGUGUCGAUGGUUAAUCUUUCGCCUAACCAUUUGUUUUUUGUUGUUGCAAGCGAUGGGAUUUUCGAGUUUCUUCCAAGCCAAGCCGUUGUUGAUAUGGUGGGGAGAUACGCUGAUCCGCGGGAUGGAUGCGCAGCAGCAGCAGCGGAAUCAUACAAACUGUGGUUGGAGCAUGAGAAUAGGACAGAUGAUAUCACAAUUAUCAUUGUACAGAUAAAAAACCUGUGUAAUGAAUGA